CGAUUCAGUUGGCAACGGCCCACACGCUGAAACGGUCAUAAACGCUCUCUAAGUUUUUUCGUUCAAAAAAAGGUCUAGGAAACUGAAAAUAAUUUGAAUAUUUUGAAUAUCUCGUCGAGUGGCGGGCGCGUGUGUGUUAUUUUGAGUUAUCGCGAUUGCGGCUAAGUGCAAUUAGUGCCACAAAUUUAGUGCAAUGAAUUGGGAAAUUGCUCAUCAUUAGCCACAUAAAUUAGCGUAUAAAAAACAAAUUAAAUAGAUUAAAAGUGAUCCAGUGAGAGUUUGAAAGUGCAACAUUCAAUUCCAGCUGUGUCCAAGAUUUUCCAACGAAAACUGGCCAAUCUGCGGCGGCUCACAGAUUUGGAUUCGUUAAAAAAGUGAAAAAUCAGCGACGGCGGUGGUUCCAUCGACUAGAGGGGCAAGAGGGGCUGGCAGGACGAAAUCCGACUGCAAAUGCAAUAAGCUGCUGGAGCUGCGUACACAAACAAAGCCCUCAACAAAAGCCCCGUCUAAUCCACAAAAACAAUCAACGGGCAACAAUCACCAGAAAGGACAAUAGCAACAACAAGAGCAAAAAGCAAAAUCAGCGGUAAGGACAAUAAGGACGUUCGCCAGGAUUUGCCUUCGCCAGGAUUGCGUUCUUGUACUUUGGACACACGUGCGCCGGUGGUGCGCCGGUGCCCAUUCCAUUGCCCUCAUCAACAACCUUGGAAGGUCCUGCGGCCAUCAUGAAGCUGUCAAAGCUGUCCAACCAGACCAACUCGCAGGAUCCGCAGGCGGUCAACUCGCGCAUCUUUGUCGGCAAUCUGAAUACCUUUCAAUGCUCAAAAACGGACGUGGAGCGCAUGUUUCAGAUCUAUGGCCGCCUGGCGGGCAUAUCCAUGCAUAAGGGCUAUGCUUUUGUGCAGUUCACCAACCCGUUCGAUGCCCGCAAUGCCUGCCACGGAGAGGAUGGAAAGACGGUCCUUAGUCAGACCUUAGAUGUCAACAUGGUGGCUGAGCCGAAGGCCCAUCAAAUUGGAAGGAAACGCCAGAAUGUUAGCAAGACCGGAAACGAUUGGGACUAUUUCUACGACAGCUACUGCUCCUCGACUCUACUGAGAGGAGGGGGUGGUGGUGGCGCGAACGCGGUUCGGGCCAAGAAGCGAAAGCGUCUUAUGACCAACGGCGGCGGUCUGGCAGUGGCGGUGCAGCAGCAACAGCAGCACGGCCAACACCAUCACAGUGCGGCUGCGGUGGCAGCAGCAGCAGCGGCUGCCGUCCACCAGCAUCAGCAGGCGGCACAGGUGCAGCAGCAACACCAACAGCAACAACAGCAGCAGGUGGCUGCCGUCGCCAUGGCGGCGAUGGCCAAUUUGUUGCCACAACAGCAGCUGCUGCUGCAUCAGCAGAAUCUGCUAUCAGCGACCACGACGGCGGGGUCCGGAUCCCUCCACUGGCCGCAAUACAAACAGGAGCCAUUGGCUACCACCCACCACCCCCAUUCGCAGCAUCAGCAUUCGCAUCAACAGCAGCAGCAGCAGCAGCAACAGUUCGGAUUCCAACUGAAGAGUAACGUGGUGGCUGUCCAGUCAACGACAUCGCCGCAGAAUGCAAAGUCAGCUAUAAUUGCUAAUCAAACGACGCUCGGUGAGCCGUACUACGCUGCUGCUGCCGCUCAUCAGCAACAUCAGCAGCAGCAACAGCAACAGCAGCAGCAACAACAGCAACAUCAACAUCAGCAGCAACCGUUGCUACAACCGUUGACUCUGGCAUUGUCGCCACAACAACCGCAGCCCCAUCAGGCGGCAACGCCACUACAAUUGCACAGCCAAUUGAUGCAGCAACAUCAACAGCAUCAGCAGCAGCAGCAACAGCAACAUCAGCAGCAGCAACAUCAACAGCAGCAGCAGCAACAGGAGCAAUUAACUUUGCAUCAGCACUGGGGACCAUUCAAAGUCUACAGCAAUCCGGACACAUUAAUCUGCGGCAAUUGCCGGGAAUGCUUUGGCGAGCUGUCUGAGUUAUUGGACCACAAGAAAAGUUAUUGCAAACUGAGGUUCACAUGCAAGUGCCAGGAUGUUGCCUUUGCGGCAAGUGCAAAAACGCCCCCAUCAAGCGCCAAAUUGCUGUGCGCCGUUUGCAAGGAUGCGUUCGGAAAUCCCUGGGAUUUGAUGGUCCACGCACAAGCCGCGCACAUGGUUAACAUUUACGAGCUGGGCGAUGAGGCGUCCACCAGCAGCAGCAACAGCAACAACAGCAGCAGCAGCAACACUUGCAACAGUAGCAACAUCAACAGCAGCAACACUGGCAUUGCAACUGCCAUCGUGGAGAAUGGACAUGCAACGAUUGUUGCUGAUGAGGCUGCCACAAAUACACAGCAGAUGCCAGUCUCGUCAACACUCAACAAGGAGCCCAAUAACAAUAACAAUAACAAGAUUAGCAACAACAAUAAUAACACAAACAACAACAACAAUAACAAUGUGGAAGUCAGCAACAACAAUGGGCACAUGUCGCCAGAAGGAAUUGUGGCAUCAGGAUCGGUUGAAAAUGGCGACAUGGAAAGUCUGGACAUAAAGUUCAGUCCCAGUGCCAGUCCCAAGGAUGAUCAGCACCGGGAUGAUCUGUCCUUGGACGGAAGGAUGUCGAGUAGCUCCCAGCAGACGCACCACUCGGAUGAGAUGAAUGUGAAGCUGCUGAAUGGAUCCGUGUCCUCGAGGGGCAGCUCGCCAGGAUUGGAGGCGGACGAGCCGCCGGCCACCAGGGCCUGCAUUAUGCGCACUCUGAGCAUUGAGACUUCAGGACCAACUACUUCAGCCACUGCCAACUCCUUGAGCCUGAUGACCAAUGGCUUGGGCCUGGCCCUGGCCCCCCAAUAGGUCGAAGCCCAGGAGGGUCAAGUGGGGGUCUUGUGGGAUCGCAAUCCGAAACAAGUGCAAUUUCUUCAGUAUUUUUAUAACAGACUAACCUUGGCGGGGAACUAACCAGGGAGAUGGGAAAUUGAAUAACGUAAAUUACAGAAAACAUAUCAUUUUAAACUAGCUCUAGAUAUGACAUACGAGCUACGAAUAUAUACAAAAAGUUAUAUAUUAAAGCCAUAUUAAAGUCAUGUAAUGUAUUAAUAAUUGAAAGUGUGUAAUUUUGGUGUUUCCGUUUAUGGUUUGAGUUGUUAGGCAUGUCCUUUGGGUUGAGCGUUUGAAACGAGAGUGGUUAAAAUUAAUGUUUUUGAAUUUAAAAACUGCAUAAGUGAACGUAUAGGUAAAAUUAUGAGAAGCUUAAACUGUCAUCGUCCAUGGAGGAUGCGAAUUACACGGUAAUCGAGCUUUGUAUAUAGUUAAUACCAAUUACAUGGAUACAAAUUACGGAAUUAUAAGAUCAUUGUUACUGCCCAGGCACUUCCCGCCCGGCAAUCGGCUUUAACCGAAUUUAAUAUUUUCGAUAUAAUUUAUGGAACGAGAGAAGAUUAUUAAAUUAUAGUGACAGAACGGAAAAAACACCACGAAAGUGUAUAUCAAAAGUAGCAUAGUGACAACAGGUGUUUCAAAAACAAAUUCGGAUAUACUAGAAGUUCUAGAAUCAUAAUCAAAUAUGCGUAAUAAUUAAUAGCAACUGUACUCUGUAAUAAACUAUAUCAAAAGUAGCGUCGUAUGUAAAUAGGAUAAUCAAUAAACGUAUUAUUAUGUACUUACCAAGCAAAUAACUUGUAAACAGUAACAACAUUCAAUUCAAUGUCCUCCAUCUAAAGCGUAUAAAACAAAUGAAUGUAUUAUGCAAACCAGAUUACCAAAUAUACUAUAUAUUAUAUAUACAGAAAUAU